CGUGACGCGCUCCUGUAGCGGGUCUACACCGCUUGGUGCGCCCUGAGAUGCUUGGUUCAGUCUAGGCCAAGGUUUAAAGAGGAGAGACAUGGACGACGUUCGUUCCGUGGUCACUUUGGACUCCCAAGGCUCGAAAACAAUCAGCUCCAGAGGUCUGGAGGGGCGAAGUGGUCAGUCUCCUGACACUGAGAGCCAGGACUCCGUGAGGAGCUACACCUUCUUCUCCAGAAGGAACACCUCAGUGGACCCCAAGGAGGACGAGGAGGAGUCUGAGAGCCCCCUGAGAGAGCCGGACCUGAAGGAGGCCUACAUCGAGCUCGUUCAAGGGGUCCAGGAGUGGCAGGAUGGCUGUGUCUACAGAGGGGAGUUCGGACUCAACAUGAAGCUCGGAUAUGGCGAGUUCUCUUGGCCCACAGGCGAGACCUACCGAGGGCAGUUUUACAGGGACCACUGCCAUGGUGUGGGCACCUACAGAUGGCCAGAUGGCUCCAGCUUCACAGGCAUGUUUUACCUCAGCCAACGAGAAGGCUACGGCACCAUGUUCACGAAAACGAAGUUAUUCCAGGGAUUGUAUAAAGAGGACCUACGGUUCGGACCAGGCAUUGAGACCUACCCAGAUGGCAGUCAGGAUGUUGGACUGUGGUUCCGUGAGCACCUCCUUAAGCUGGGGACAGAGGUUCCCAACAGCUUCUCCUUGCUGAACUAUCCAGAAUUCUUAGACUUCCUCACAAGCUCAAGGGGGAGAAUCAGUCUCUCAGACGAGGAGAAGGCGGAGUGGAGUCUUCCUGAGGAGCAGGACCCUUUCUUCUAUGAAUAUAAACGGUUUCUCCUGAAUGAUGACCUGACGCUGCCUCCAGAGAUGCAUGUCUAUUCGACUGACAAUGACCACCUGCCCAUGACAGGCUCCCUGCGCAGAGAGCUGGAUGACCGCAUCUUCAUGAAUGAGAUCCCUCCAUUCAUUGAGGAUGAAGAACCCUGGCUUAUAACAAAUGAGACUCCUCUGUUGGUCAAAAUCCAGAAGCAAACUUACAAGUUCAGGAACAAGAGUGCUCAUACCAGCUGGAACAUAGCUGCCAUCCUGGAGGGCAACCGCAGCUGCUUUGGGCCCACCGGCCCUAAGGAGGAUAUUUCCAGGGAGAUGAUCCUGAAGGCUGAGGAAGGGGACUAUAACUGGAUUUUUGGAAUCCUGAGGGACAACCUUGCCUGUGCUGACGUGGCCGACUCCAAGGGCUACACUGUGCUUGCUGCUGCCGCGGUCAAUUCUCACCGUGACAUUGUCAACCUUCUCCUGGAUUACGGGGCUGAUGUGAACAAGCUCUCGGAUGAGGGCCUCUCGCCCCUCAACAUGUGCUUCCUCCACUAUUACCCCAGCAAAUUCUUCCAGCCCAACGUCGCUGAGAGGACCCUGCCCCAGGAACCUUCCAAACCCUUUAUCACCCACAAAAUUUCAUUCUUGUUUGGAGAGCAAAACAUGGAUUAUUUCUAUGAUUUGGGCAUGCCCACCCCACUUGGAGAGGACUAUAAGUCAUCGCCACCCCUCUCAAGCAGCCUGGAUGAUGCCCUGGUCCUGGGUCCUGUACAAUCUCGAGAUUCCAUCAUCUGGAAGAGCAAUGUGGCUCACAAGCGAGACACCCCCUCCGUGAAGAGUCCCAGCAGUGACAUAGAGAAAAAAACAGAGGACACAGCAGAAAAUGUGGAUGCCAGCACCAUGUACAGCGUUGACACAAACUUUGAUUCUAACGUGUGCAUGCGAAACUACUCUAUCCAUGUCUCGAAGGACAUCCUGGAGAAGAGUGCCCAGGCUUAUAGCUCAUUGCUAAACAUCCCCUCCUGUUCAGACAAAGGGACUGUGAGGAAAAUGGCACAGACCAUGGCUGAACGUAGAAACCGCUGGCUGACCAUCAAGUUACUGCUGCGUCGAGGUGCUGAUCCCAACCUGUGUCAAGUGCCCAUGCAGGCCCUGUUUUUUGCCGUGAAGGCUGGGGAUGUGGAUGGGGUGAGGCUGUUGCUGGAGAGCGGGGCCCGGACUGAUAUUCAGUAUCCUCCACAGCUGCAGUCUCUGACUCCGCUCCACAUCGCAGCCUCACUUCCCGGGGAGGAGGGCGUCAUGAUCACGGAGCUGCUGCUCCAUGCGGUGACUGACGUGGACGCCAAGGCAGCCGACCAGGACUACGUCUACAGAACCGGCAAGAUUGACCUCCUGCCCUCAAGUCUGAAGCUCAACAACGAGCCAGGCCCACCCAGCAGCUACUACACGGAGAGCACGUUCAUCCCCGAGGAGGGCGGGCGCACGGCUCUGCAUGUCGCCUGUGAACGAGAGGACAACAGGAAGUGUGCCAGGGACAUAGUCCGACUCCUUCUCUCACACAGAGCGAAUCCAAACGUGCUGUGGAGUGGCCACUCGCCGCUCUCCCUGUCCAUCGCCAGUGGGAAUGACCUGGUUGUGAAGGAACUCCUGUCUCAGGGAGCUGACCCCAACUUGCCUCUGACCAAAGGCUUGGGCACUGCCCUGUGUGUUGUGUGUGACCUGGCCUAUGAGCAACAGAGGAGCAUCGAGAACAAGAUUGCCCUGAUUGACCGGCUCAUUAGCUACGGGGCUGAUGUCCUGAAACCUGUGGUGCUUACGCAAGGGGAAAGGACGGCAGUGGGGACGGCCGUGGACUAUGGCUACUUCAAAUUCUACCAGGACCGGAAGAUCGCCCACUGUCCCUUCCAUGCUCUGAUGCCCUCGGAGCGGGAGACGUUCUUAGCCCGGAAAAGGCUGUUAGAAUAUAUGGGUUUGCAGUUACGGCGUGCUGUCCUCAGCAAAGAGAGUCAGCUGGACGUAAAGGCCCUGUACCUGAGCAAGAGAGUAGAGCUGUCCCCCAGCCACAGGCUGAAGAAGAGGACCUCCAGCCUGCCCAAGAGCUCAGCCGCAGAAAAGCAGCCCCUUGCCUUUUACAAGUUUUGCUACCAGUGUGGUCGCUCCAUUGGGGUCCGCCUCACCCCCUGUCCCCGCUGCUAUGGGAUCCUGACCUGCAGCAAGUACUGCAAGACAAAGGCCUGGACUGACUUCCAUAAGAAGGACUGCAAUGACAUCAUGAUCAUGAGGAGGGUGACCAUCCCGCUCCUAACGGACCAAAAGCUGACAUACAAGGCGCCCACUAGUGUCCAGCUCAAAAAGAACCUAAACCAGAACAAGGUGUCCAAUACGAGACCUCGAAGCCGAACCAGGCGUCCACGAAGGCAGACAACCUAAUGGACUGCUUGACACAAUGUUCCAGCUGCACUCACCAGUGAGCACCUGACUGCCCAGCUCUCUCCACAGGGCUCCACUGAGUCUCUACCUCACUCCAUGGCUGUCUAUCCCGGCCAACUGAGGGGAGAGGACUAUACACCCUCCCUCUCCCAGGGAGGAAUCUGGGCCACCUGGCAUCAGGGCUUCCCAGGACUUGCAAAGAGGCAGAAAGUGAGGAUGCAGUUGCCACCCUGGCCCUGGGCACUGCAGGUAUCCUUGGGUAGGAUCUAAUACCCAGCAGGAGCUUGCCCUUUGGAGAAGCCUCCCUUCUGGAAGCUGUUUGGAGGUCUCCUUGGGAUUUCAUGGCCAAGCAGCAUUUGUGGGGUAGGGCUCUGUUCUGUUCCCUCAUGCUUGAAUAGUAACAUUGUAAAUGUAUUCGGGCAGCAACGUGGGCCACAGCUCCCAGAUAAAGCAGACAUGCCACACCUGGCUGAG